AUGGCCUUCCAAAUGCCUACAUUCCUAACCCGCUUUCUGCGCCCAUUCGCCUCGUCGGCAGCGGCAUCGCUACAACCUGACUCGCUGGCCGCGAUGCAAUUCCCACCAAACGCGCAGCGCGCCAUCUUCGCCGGCGGCUGUUUCUGGGGUCUAGAAGAAUUCUACCGCAAACAUUGGGGCAACGGGAAGGGUCUUCUCGACUGUCGGGUGGGAUAUACAGGCGGUCAGACUCCCGCGCCAUCAUACCGAGCCGUGUGCUCAGGACAGACGGGUCACGCCGAGUCGUUGCUGAUUGUGUUCGAUCCUGACCGCGUCUCGUACCGACAACUUGUCGAGUUCUUCUUCCGAAUGCACGACCCGACCACGUUGAACAGACAGGGGCCCGAUACGGGGACGCAGUACCGGUCUGCGAUCUUCGCCGAGAAUGACGAGCAGUUCAAGAUCGCCAAUGAGAUCAAGGAUAAGGUCCAGGAACAGUGGUACAAGGGUAAACCGAUCACGACGCAGAUACUGCGCGCCACCCAGUGGUACGAUGCCGAGGACUACCAUCAGGACUAUUUGAAGAAGAUGGAGGAGAGGGGCGAACAUGGUUAUCAGUGUCCGGCGCAUUAUUUGCGUCCUUUUCCGGAGUUGAAGUAG